GCAGCCCCGUGUUGGUACAUCUACAACUGCUGCCGAUGAAAAUACCUCCAAUGCCAAUACUUCUGUCCCGGCAAACAAAAAAUCUUAUUUCCUUUUUCGCCAAGUCGCGGUCACCGUGGAAUUUGAAUAUGCGAACAACAACGAGGCCAGGAAGAUGAUGCGACAACUGUCUGACGCGUUGGAUUCGCUAGACCUACUCCUCAUCGAGCACCGGUGGUCUGACCCGCGCACGGGGUUCGAUCUCUUUCAAGACAAGGCCGUCUGCUUACUCAAGGAGCAGUACUUGGAUCGACGUCGGCGCAACAAGUAUCGGGGGCGGACAGACCACAGAGGUGGUUUUGGGCACUUGACCCACAAUUAUGGGGCCAGUGGGGUAAUGUCUG